CAAUAUUCAGCCUCUUCGCUCUCUUGGACAGCGAUUCCAGAAGCCCGGGAACCACCGGUGUCAUUCAAAUCGCUGUCUGGAACAAAAAAGAGUCCGGAGGUCUGUCCUGAAGGGGCCUAAAUCCCCGUAUACUUUUACACCAGAGGGAGAGAAGGAGAGGAAACUCAGUGAGAGGCUUCUCCAGCAUCCUAGGAUCAAUAUAGGAGAAUGAAAGGAUGAAUUCUUUGUGAGAUAAAAUCAUUGUAUGGCUAUGCUGUAUGUCGGUUUGGCAGAGGUCACAGCAAAGAUGUCUUCACCUAUUUGGAUCACAUCGCUUUCUUGUUCCGCUUCUGUGGCACAAUCCUCAGAGGAUUCCACAGUUUCAGCCUUUGUUCAAUGGCUAAGGUUCCUUUUCCUGUCUCCCUGUCCUCAGAGAGCUCUGUCAUCUUCCAUUGCCAUUCUGCUGUGGAUAGCUUUCCUUGUUUUUGCAAUACAAAAACUAUGGUCUAGAUUUAGUACCAAACAUGAAUUGAGUUCUAACCUCAGCAAGCCUCUCAUUGAGAGCAGCACACCACCUCUUAGAGCUAACCUUUGGUAUAAGUUGACUCUGAUUGCGACCGUUGUUUUAGCCUUAUCUUCCUUAAUGUUGUGCAUUCUGGCAUUCAAUGGAGGUAACCAGGGCUCAUGGAGGGUUGUCGACGGACUAUUUUGGUUGCUUCAGGCAUUAACCAAUGUAGUGAUCACAGUACUAAUUCUCCAUGAGAAGAGGUUCAAAGCUGUUACUCAUCCAUUAUCUCUUCGGGUUUACUGGAUUGCAAUCUUCAUUAUCCAAGUUUUGUUCGUCACUUCGGCGCUUAUCCGCAUAAUAUCUGCCCGUGAAACUGAUUCAGUCUUGAGACUAGAUGACAUUGUUUCAAUAACUGUAUUUCCUUUCUUGAUUAUUCUUCUGAUUGUUGCCCUCAAGGGGUCUACCGGUAUCCUAGUAAUUAGAUGUUCUGAAUCAAUAAUAAAUGGAGAGACCACAUUAUAUGAACCACUUCAGGAUAAAUCCUCCAAUGUGAGUGGGUUUGCUACAGCAUCUAUUGUAUCAAAAGUUUUUUGGCUCUGGGUUAAUUCUCUUUUGGUAAGAGGCUAUAAAUCCCCUCUAAAGCUUGAUGAUGUCCCAAUUCUCUCACCACAGCAUAGAGCUGAGCGCAUGUCAGAGCUGUUUCAACAGAAGUGGCCUAAACCUGAAGAAAAAUCAAAGCACCCUGUGAGAACUACAUUGUUUCGCUGCUUCUGGAAGGAAGUUACCUUCAUUGCCUUCCUUGCCAUUGUGAGGCUUUGCGUCAUGUAUGUGGGGCCUACACUGAUCGAUCGGUUUGUUGAUUAUACAUCUGGGAAGAGGACCUCAAUUUAUGAAGGAUACUACCUUGUAGUUGUUCUCUUGAUAUCCAAGUUUGUGGAAGUUCUGAGCUCACACCAGUUCAAUUUUAACUCCCAGAAACUUGGGAUGAUGAUACGCUCCACACUCAUUACUUCAUUGUACAAAAAGGGUUUAAGACUUUCAUGCUCAGCAAGACAAGCUCAUGGUGUUGGACAGAUUGUAAACUACAUGGCCGUGGAUGCGCAACAGCUUUCUGAUAUGAUGCUACAACUGCAUGCCUUAUGGUUGAUGCCAUUGCAAGUUACCGUUGCCUUAAGUAUCCUCUAUACUUACCUAGGCAUUUCGACCAUUGUAGCGUUACUUGGACUUGUAUCCAUUAUGGUGUUUGUGGUGUUUGGGACUCGAAGGAAUAACCGGUUCCAGUUCAAUAUCAUGAAAGAUAGGGACUCCAGAAUGAAAGCAACAAAUGAGAUGCUUAACUACAUGAGGGUAAUCAAAUUUCAGGCUUGGGAAGAACAUUUCAACAAAAGAAUUCAAUCUUUCCGUGAAUCAGAGUUUGCAUGGCUAACCAAAUUCUUGUACUCGUUUUGUGCAAAUAUUAUUGUGCUCUGGAGCACACCAGUAUUUGUAGCUACAUUGACAUUUGGAAGUGCGAUCCUGCUGGGGGUUCCACUUGAUGCAGGAACAGUCUUCACUGCUAUCUCACUCUUUAAAAUGUUGCAAGAACCUAUUAGGACCUUUCCACAGUCUAUGAUUUCACUCUCACAGGCAAUGAUAUCACUGGAUAGGUUGGAUAGAUACAUGAUGAGUAAGGAACUGAUGGAUGAUUCAGUGGAGAGGGUAGAAGGUUGUGGAAGUGAGAUUGCUGUGGAGGUGGAAGAUGGAGCUUUUAAUUGGGAUGAAGAAAGCAGGAAAGAAGUAGUAAAGGAUUUGAAUUUUAUGAUCAGCAAAGGCGAGCUUGCAGCGAUUGUUGGGACUGUAGGAUCAGGGAAGUCUUCACUUCUGGCAUCAAUUCUUGGCGAGAUGCAUAAAAUAUCAGGAAAGCUCAGGGUUUGUGGUACCACAGCUUUUGUUGCACAAACCUCAUGGAUUCAGAAUGGGACAAUUCAAGAAAAUAUCCUUUUUGGUCUGUCAAUGAACCAAGAGAGAUAUAAGGAAGUUCUUAGGGUUUGUUGUUUGGAGAAGGACUUGGAUAUGAUGGAGUUUGGAGAUCAGACUGAAAUUGGAGAGCGUGGCAUCAAUCUAAGUGGUGGGCAAAAGCAGCGAAUUCAACUUGCCAGGGCUGUUUACCAAGAUUGUGAUAUCUAUCUACUUGAUGAUGUGUUUAGUGCAGUUGAUGCUCAAACUGGUUCUGAAAUAUUCAAGGAAUGUGUUAGAGGAACCCUUAGAGAGAAGACCAUUUUGCUUGUUACACACCAAGUUGACUUCUUACACAAUGUUGAUCUGAUCCUAGUUAUGCGAGAUGGGAUGAUUGCUGAAUCCGGAAAUUACGAUGAUCUACUUGAAUCUGGGAAGGAUUUCAAAUCUUUGGUGGCUGCGCAUGAGUCAUCUAUGGAACUUGUUGAGGCAGAAAGCUCCAAGCGCAGGAAAACUUCAGUUGAUCAACCAACAUCUCCUCAAGCAUCUUUUAGUCCUAGACAAGAAAACGAUGACAUGAAAUCUCAAGAACAGACCCAAUCUGAUCGGGGAACUUCUAAACUUAUCAAGGAAGAGGAGAGAGAAACUGGGAAAGUCAGCUUACAUGUUUAUAAACUAUACUGCACUGAAUCUUUAGGGUGGUGGGGUGUGAUUGCAGUGUUACUGAUUUCUGUGUUGUGGCAAGGGUCAUUAAUGGCGGGUGACUACUGGUUGGCUUAUGAAACAUCAGGAAAGCGUGCUAUGUCAUUCAAUCCUUCUGUUUUUAUUGGGAUAUAUGCUAUUAUAGCAGCUGGUUCCUUUGUGCUGAUAUUGAUGAGAAUUUUUUUACUUACAUUCAUGGGGCUUAAGACGUCCCAAAUAUUCUUCAAAGGAAUUCUUCACGGCAUAUUGCACGCUCCAAUGUCAUUUUUUGAUACUACACCUUCUGGAAGAAUUUUAAGCCGGGCGUCAAAUGAUCAGACUAAUAUUGAUGUAUUUGUCCCACUUUUUACCAACUUUUUCAUUUCCAUGUACAUCACACUAUUUGGGAUCAUCAUCAUCACAUGUCAAAAUGCUUGGCCAACCGUCUUACUAUUGAUUCCACUUGGCUGGCUGAAUUACUGGUUUCGGGGGUACUAUCUUGCAACAUCACGUGAAUUGACUCGGCUUGACUCUAUUACAAAAGCACCAGUUAUCCAUCACUUCUCGGAAAGUAUAUCUGGAAUUACGACAAUCCGUUGUUUCAGGAAGCAGGAAAGGUUUUGCCAGGAAAACGUUAACCGUGUGAAUUCGAACCUGCGUAUGGACUUCCACAACUAUGGGUGCAAUGAAUGGUUGGGUUUUCGUUUGGAACUCAUGGGGAGCUUCAUCCUUUGCAUUUCUGCAUUGUUUAUGAUCGUGUUGCCGAGCACUAUCAUCAAGCCAGAGAACGUGGGGUUAUCUCUCUCUUAUGGAUUGUCCCUCAACAGUGUGCUUUUCUGGGCAAUAUAUGUCAGUUGUGCUUUGGAAAAUAAAAUGGUUUCAGUUGAGAGGAUAAAGCAAUUUACAAAUAUACCAUCAGAAGCAGACUGGAAGAAAGAAGAUUGCCUUCCUUCUCCAGAGUGGCCAAACAAGGGCAAUGUUGAGCUCAUGGACUUACAGGUAAGAUAUCGUACAAAUACCCCUCUGGUUAUCAAAGGAAUAACACUCAGCAUAAAAGGGGGUGAGAAGAUUGGUGUUGUUGGUCGAACUGGGGGUGGAAAAUCAACUUUGAUCCAGGUUUUCUUUAGGUUGGUGGAGCCUUCAGGAGGAAGAAUCAUUAUUGAUGGCAUUGACAUUAGCACUCUUGGGCUGCAUGAUCUUAGGUCUCGAUUUGGAAUCAUCCCUCAAGAACCUGUUCUUUUUGAAGGAACUGUGAGAAGCAACAUUGAUCCAAUUGGACAGUAUUCUGAUGAAGAGAUAUGGAAGAGCCUUGAGCGCUGCCAACUUAAGGAGGUAGUAGCUGCAAAGCCCGAUAAGCUGGACUCUUUAGUUGUUGAUAAUGGAGAAAAUUGGAGUGUCGGGCAGAGACAGCUUCUCUGUUUGGGACGUGUAAUGCUAAAACGCAGCAAACUUUUAUUUAUGGAUGAGGCGACUGCCUCAGUUGAUUCACAAACAGAUGGCGUGAUCCAGAAGAUCAUCAGGGAGGACUUCUCUUCCCGUACAAUUAUAAGCAUUGCCCAUAGAAUUCCAACAGUUAUGGACUGUGAUAGAGUUCUUGUAAUUGAUGCAGGUAAAGCAAAGGAAUUUGACAAGCCAUCGAGUUUGCUGGAGAAGCCUUCUCUCUUUGGAGCAUUGGUUGAGGAGUAUGCCAACCGAUCUUCUGAACUCUAGCUCUGAUUCUAGCAUUCUUGGAAUGGGCUGAAGAUUGAUUCUUGUUGGUUGAACUAUAUUUUCCACAACUUCGUCUUACAUGUUAGGAAGCAUACGGGCUAUUCAAAUGUUAAGAUUUGUCAAUAGAGGACGCGGUACGGUAGUUGCAUUAUCCACACCACAAUUGAUGAGCAGCCAGAAACCAAAACCAGUUCUUGAAGUGAAGCUGAUGGACGCGGUAUCAGCUGCCAUGAAUCAAGUUCCUUUGCGGCAAAUAUCCUGAAUUCAUUAGUUGAUCCUCGUACGGGAAAGUUGAUCUCCUGCUCUCUGCAAGGAUCAUUAAGAACUCGAAGCAUUUCAGCACUCGUCAUCUAUAGCUUAUUUUAUUGUAUUUUAUUUCUGAACGUCCUUAUGAUAGGUUCUUCCACAUUGCUUUCAAGGAUUUAUCGAAUUAUCAGGACCAUCUAAGAAUCUGGCUAAAGUCCUAGUGUACAUUCAGAUGCUUGAAUUUUAUCCAUAUUUUGUAUAUGAUUAUUCUUAAAUCAUAUAAAUUAUUAUUAUUAGUA